CCCGUCAUUGAGGAUGAGCGCGCAGGGGGUGGCGGGGUUGGGAAGGAGGCGGAUGGGAUGGAUCAAGGGGUGGAGCGCGGAGUGGGUGAGACGCGGUGUGGGAGUGUGGCCAGGGUGACAGGUGGUUGUGUGCCGUGGGGGUGCUGUGGGGCACACACAAGUGUGGGUGUGUCCAAGGCUGGGGCAGUGGCGGCCAGCACGGAGGCAGUUGCUGUCAUGGAGCAAGAGAAGAAGGCGCGCGGCAACUGCUUUCUCUUCUGGAACCUGCAGCGCACCUGCGGUGCCCCCGUGCUGGCGGCUCUUGUUGUGGGGCGUGCUGCUAUGGCCAUGGAGGGCCGGGGGGAGGGCGAUGGACAGGCGGAGGGGACUGGGGUGGAUGGAGUGGGGAAGGAGAAGGGGGGAGGUGGUGGCGAGGGGUCGGUGGCACGAGGGAAGGGGAAGGAGGAGAGUGGUGGUGAGGGCGGUGGGAAGAGGGAAGAGGGUGAGCGCACGAGGAGGAGGAGUGCGCGGCUCAGGAGGGCAGAGGGGGGCGGAGGCGGGGAUGAGAGGCAGGGGGAGGAGGGCAUGGCGGAAGGGGAGAGGCAGCGGAAGGAGCGGGUGGUGCAGCACGCAGUGCGUGUGCUCAAGACCAUCUUCGACCGCCGCAACGUGCCCAAACCCAAGGCCGCCGCUGUCACCUUCUGGGGCACUGACCCUUACAGGUAUGCCACACUGUUCCCCUUCCUCCUCCACGCACUACGCAUACUUCUUGAUCCACUCACCUUCUCUGUUCCCCCUUCUUCCACCCCACUUCUCUCUGUGCUCCCGAUUUUCCUCCAUCAUCUCCCCAUCCUCCCGGCCAGCGGCGGAGUGUACUCGUACGUGCCGGUGGGGGCGUCAGGGCGCGACUACGACCUGUUGGCGCGGCCGGUGCGGGCGUGCGUGUUCUUUGCAGGCGAGGCCACGAGCAGGGAGCACCCCGACACCGUGGGCGGCGCCAUGCUGAGCGGGCGGCGCGAGGCGGUGAGGAUCGCAGGCGUGCUGCAGGGGGAGGGCGAUGUGUGGGAGCAGGCAGAGGCUGCUGCUGCUGCUGCUGUGGCGCAUAGACAGACGGACGAGGAGCGCGAGGAGGUGCAGUGGGUGCGGGAAGUGCUGGGGGGAGGGGAAAGAGGAGGGUGGGAGUGGGGGGGUGGGGUGGAAACGAAGGGAGUGGAGGAGGGAGCGGAUGGAGAGAGGGGCGAGGGAAGGGGUUUCGAAGAUGGGGGUGAUGACGAUGGUGGGAUAAGAAGAGGUGGGGGGUUGAGAAAAAGCAAUGGUGAUGCUAAUGGGGCGGAUGCAGGAGAGAAGGGUGGGAGGGAGGGCACAUGGCAUGCGUGGGCGCACCUAGACAUAGGGCACAGCGCAUGUGUGCAGGCGGAAGGGGAGGAGAGGACAGGGCGGGAGGGGCCAGGAUGCGACUCAAGGGAUGGCAGAGGCGUUGAGCAUGUGAGGGCGGAGAGACAGGCGGGUGAGAGGGGUGCAGAGGUGUGCGGUGCGAUGGACGAGGACGGGGUGAGGGUGGCUGGGAAUGCGAAUGGAGGUGUUGAGAAGGCCAGCAAUGAAGGGGGGAUUGGGGAGGCGAGGCCGGAGGGGGCGUCUGCGGGAUUGCUGAGCGAGCAGCGGGAUUCAGGUGGCAUGGGGAAGGGCGAUGGAGUGGGUGCUUCUGUGCAUGGCGUGCACGCGAAACAGGAGCAGGGCAAGGGAGGGCGUGCAAGAGGGGGAAAGGGCGGAGAGGAGGAGAGGGCGUUGAGGAGGCGAGAGACACAGGGAGAGCUGCGGCGAGGUGCGUCACUGGCUGCUGUUCUGCGCAUGUCUGGCGGACUGCGCAUGGCCGUGGCAGCAGCAAGGAGCGCGGAGGGACGGGGGGAGGGCAGUGGUGGGCAUGGAGUGGGUGUGGAGAGGGAAGGGGGCGUGCACACGGUGGGGGGGGGCGUGUCUGUGUGCCGCGAGCUGCUGCAGCUGCCUAGGAGGGUGCUGGAGGCCGUGGCGGGCAGCAGGGAGGGGCUCGAGCGAAUCAGCGAAUGGAUCAUGGUGAGUGUGGCUGUUGCUGUGGGUGUGAGUAUGAGGGUGGGCGAUGAAACUGGUUUCAUGUCUCACUAUCCCCUGCAUCAUUGUUCCGUGGAUCACAUGUUGCCAUUCACCGCACCACCCCCACCCUCUGUCCUCCCCCCCCCUCCUCACCAGGAGUCCCUGCACUGCAGCUCGUCCCAGGUGCUCACUGCCUCACUGCGCCUGUUGCUUGCUGCUGCCACGUGCCCUCGAUGUGUGCGCUCCUCGGGAGUGGCAGUGUGUGUGCGUGCGCUGCUAACCGUGCCACGUGUGGGCAGGGAGGUGCAAUCGCUGGCAGCACGCCUCAUGCGCCUCUGGCACAUGCUGGGCCACUUCCCUGCCCCCAGCGCUGCUGCUGGGGGGCCCAGUGCUGCACUUUCAGUCACGGGGGAAAGGGCAACGAAAGGAGAGGCCAAGGGCCAGGAGAGUGGUGAGGCAGAGGCAAGAAGUGAUCGGGUGGAGGUGUGUGGAGACGUGGGAGGCGCUGACAGGGGAGAUGGAGGGCGGCCGGGUGGAGCAAGGGCGGGUGAAGCGGGAGAGGUGGAGGGAGAGGCGGCAGUGAGUGGAGAUGAGCGCAGCUUGCGAGGAGGAGGGCUGGCAGAGAGGGAGGAGGGAGGGACGGGAGGAGAAGAGGGGAGUAGGGUGGAAGGUGAGGGAGGGGAGCAGGCAGGAGGGGGGCUGGGUGGCACGGUGCAGGGAAGGGGACGUGAUGGGUCGCUUGACGACUUGAGUGAUAAGGCAUGCCAUCAAGGAUAG